CACAGCAGCCCUCAUUUUUCUCUUUCAUUAGACAAACCAAUUCCUGUCUUUUCCCAAGACUAUUACCUUUUUCUUCCUUUCUUUCCUUGCAUGCCUUGUUGAAAUACCACCACCACCUACACCAACAACAACGUGUGAGUCGCGGGAGAAGAUCAUGUCUCGCACGUGCUCUCAGUGUGGGAACAACGGUCACAACUCCCGCACUUGCACGGAUGCCAGCGGAGGAGUCGGUGGUGGCGCGACCGCCUCUGCCGAAAAUGGCAUCAUGCUUUUUGGCGUUAGACUCACGGAGGCAAACGCGUUCAGAAAGAGCGCCAGCAUGAACAACUUGUCCCAGUAUGAGCAGCCUCUGCAGGCCGACUCAAACGCCGACGCCGGUUACGCUUCUGACGACGUCGUCCACGCCUCUGGACACCGCCGCGAGCGCAAGAGAGGUGUUGCGUGGACGGAGGAGGAGCACAAGCUGUUCUUGGUGGGCUUACAGAAGGUAGGGAAAGGAGAUUGGAGGGGGAUUUCUAGGAACUUCGUGAAGACUCGUACGCCGACUCAGGUGGCGAGUCAUGCUCAGAAGUACUUUCUCCGGCGCAACAACCAUAACCGUCGACGCCGCAGAUCUAGUCUUUUCGACAUCACCACCGAUACCCCUUUGAAUUCAUUGAUGGAAGAAGAUCUAGGCGAAUCCUCACCAACAGUUGUACCAGUAUUGCCAUUCCCAAUCCCAACACAGCCAGAGUCUAAUUUGGGUUGCAAUAUUCUUGGAGGGUUUCCAGUUUCGACUUUUCCGGUUGCUCCUUCUCCAGCAGCCCUGCCGGGUGAAAGCUCACCGACAGAAAGUAAGCUGACAUCACCAGGAUUAAACAUGAAGUCAUUAAAUGACAUGCAGCUGAGCCCGACAAAAGUCGCACAAACAACUACUAAGCUCAUCCGUCCGAUCCCACUUCACCCUCCGGUCGUCCCUCCUUCUUCUAAAAUGGCCGGUCUUAACUUGAACAAGAAGUACUCAUCGUCACCCACCAGGGAUCCACUGCCAUUGUCUCUGAAGCUCUCCACGAAUCCGUCCGAGGAGCAAUCGCCCACGACGCCGUCGCAUUCGUCUGCGUUUCAGGCCAUGCCUAGUGGCUCUGACAGUGUCAUUAGCGUUGCUUAAUUAAAUGAAUUAUUGAACAAUUUGAUGUCGAUAUAUGUCGUCCGUGUGUGUUAUAAUAGGGCCGGCAAUGUAGAAGUAGCUAGCUAAAGCAGUAUGGUGGCAAAUGGAAAUUAAUUAUUUGGUGGGCCCGAGAUUAGAUCGACCAGUGUGAUUACUUAGGGGCAAAAGGGUGAUUAGCGUUCAUGUAGUUAGUUGAUUAGGCGAUUAAUUUGCUUAUUUUGUACAGGAUGGUUGGGUUUAAUUUAUAUAGAUUUAGGACAAGAUCGGUUUGAGUCUUCUCGCAGUGGUGGGGAUUCUUGUGGUUGAUUUUUGUUUGGUACCUAUUGGGAUGGAAUGAUAAUAGAGAGCACCAGGUGCGCAGUGUUAUUUGA